AUGGGGUUAAGGUUUAACUACAGGCACAUGGCCAAUACACUCUCCCUCCAUAGGACAGUCAAGAGACUUGGAAUACCUGAUGAACGCAUCAUCCUAAUGCUCGCUGAUGAUAUGGCCUGUAACUCUAGAAACCAAUAUCCUGCUCAAGUUUUUAACAAUGAAAACCACCUCCAAAUCAACCUCUACGGAGAUAACGUUGAGUUGAAAAUUUCCUGCACUGGGCGUCAUGAGAGUAGCCAUAUUCUACUCUACAUGACUGGCCAUAGAGGUGAUGAGUUUCUCAAGUUUCAAGAUGCUGAAGAACUCCAGAGCCACGACUUAGCUGAUGCUGUCAAACAAAUGAAAGAGAAGCCUAGAUUCAAGGAGCUGAUGAUUAUGGUUGAUACUUGCCAAGCUGCCACUCUCUUUAACCAGCUUCAAUCUCCUGGUGUUUUGGCAAUUGGUAGCAGUCUUAAAGGAGAGAACUCAUACUCACAUCACCUGGACUCAGAUAUUGGUGUAUCUGUUGUAGAUCGGUUUACAUACUACACUCUUGCCUUCUUUGAGAGGCUCAACAUAUAUGACAAUGCAUCACUUAACAGCUACCAUAAUUUGUUUAGUUCCUAUGAUCCGAGCCAGCUAAUGUCUACUGCCUACUACCGAACUGAUCUUUACCAGCCAAAACUGACUGAGGUACCGGUGACAAAUUUCUUCGGUUCAGUUAUGGAGACCAUUCAUACUGAUUCACCUUACGAAGCCUUUUCAAGUAGAGACUCAAAUAGCAAGAUCAAAUCCGACAUGCCACUCAAUGAGCCUUCCGUGCAGGCACGCCAGGCUCUUAGGAUAGGACGCUCACUAUCAUCAUCAUCUCCACUUCACUUAAUCUCUGCUGUAUGA